AUGGCCGACCCGGCGCGCUCGGACGGGAUCAAGGUCCUCGAGGACGCCCAGCGCAAGCUGGACGAAGCGCUGGCCAAGGGCAAGAAGGACAUCGUCCUCAAGAAGGUGCGCCCGUACACAAUCCACGAGAAGCUCUUCUCCAACUCGAGCAUCCCGCCGCUGCCCAAGGUGGCGGCCGCGACCGAGCCGGCGCCAGCGAUUGGCGGCGACGAGAAGAAGAAGGCCGAGUCGAAAGCAUCCAUCAAGGCCAGCAGUGCCGCCAGCAAGAACCUCAAGCUCAAGGUCAAGAAGCGCAAGCACAAGGACACGAUCGGGUCCGAGGACGACGAGGCCGCGCCGUAG